CGCUUUCCCCCGGCUGCACCCCACCGAGCCCGCGCAUCAUGAGAACCUGGUGGCGGCGGAAGAACUUUGCCUUUCUGAUCUUCGCUCUCCGCGUUUGGUGCCUGUCCACGGCAACAGAAAAUGCUGACAACACGGUUUACACUGUACAGAAGGGACGUAGUCCAGAGGAGCCCAAACAGCGAGGGGAAGCAACCAGACCAGUACGCUAUGGGACCACUGUACCUCUGCUGCUGAAGGGCAAGGAGCGCAGACCUCUCUGCCAGCUCAUGGCCGGGAGUUAUCCUGCGUCACUCCAGCUGCUGGUACGGGCAGAAGGUGAACAGCUGAUCCUGUUGCUGGAGAAAAACAAGGGACUUUUUGCAAGCCAUUACACUGAGACACAUUACCAGGAGGAUGGAAGUGCAGUCACCGGUGCUCACAACUUCACGAGUAACUGCUACUACCAUGGGGAAGUGCAGGCACAUCCAAACUCCGAUGUCACCCUCAGCACCUGCUCAGGCCUUCGAGGCUUCAUCGCACUUGAAAACAAGACAUUCAUCAUUGAGCCGGUGUCUGGUCAUGACAACUGUGCCCACUUCAUCUACCGAGUGGAAGAACUCAGACUGACCCCAGGAGACUGCGGCCACGGCUUCAACAUGUCCUCUGUUGCCCCUGAAAACUACAUCAAAAACCCCUUCCAAUCAUUCCACACGAGGCAUAAAAGGCAUGCUCAGAAGACAACCAAGUACGUUGAGCUGAUCAUUGUUGCAGACAACAGAGAGUUUCAGAAACAUGGGAGGGAUGUGGAGAAGGUGAAACAGAGACUGGCAGAGAUAGCCAAUUACGUGGACAAGUUCUACAGGGCCCUGGACAUCCGGGUGGCCCUGGUGGGUUUGGAGGUGUGGAGUGACUCUGAUAAAUGCCCCAUCACCCAGGAUCCCUUCACCACCCUGCACGAGUUCUUAGACUGGCGAAAAGUCAAACUGCUGCCCCAGAAGCCUCACGACAAUGCCCAGCUCAUAAGUGGGGUUUACUUCCAGGGCACCACCAUUGGCAUGGCGCCCAUUAUGAGCAUGUGUACAGUUGAACAGUCUGGAGGCAUUGUCAUGGACCACUCUGAGAACCCACUGGGUGCAGCCGUGACUUUGGCACACGAACUGGGACACAAUUUUGGCAUGAACCACGACACCCCAGAGCGCGGCUGUGGCUGCAGGAUGACCGUUGAUCGUGGAGGCUGCAUCAUGACGCCCUCCACAGGGUAUCCGUUCCCAACAGUGUUCAGUACGUGCAGCAAGAAGGACCUUGCCGCCAGUCUGGAGAAAGGUGUGGGCAUGUGUUUGUACAACAUGCCCGAGGUCAAAGUGCUAUAUGGCGGCCAGAAGUGUGGCAAUGGCUACGUGGAGGAAGGAGAAGAGUGUGACUGCGGGGAGCCGGAGGAAUGUUUGAACCCAUGCUGCAACGCCACCACAUGCACCCUCAAGGGAGACGCCGUGUGCGCCCACGGACAGUGCUGUGAAGACUGCAGGCUGAAAGUGGCUGGCACUCUGUGUCGAGAGUCCAGUAACUCCUGUGACCUGCCAGAGUUCUGUACUGGUGCCAACCCUCACUGCCCAGCCAACGUUUAUCUGCAUGAUGGGCACGCCUGCCACAACGUCGAUGGCUACUGCUACAACGGCAUCUGCCAGACUCAUGAGCAACAAUGCAUCACCUUGUGGGGACCAGGAGCCAAGCCUGCCCCUGGGAUAUGCUUUGAGCGAGUAAACUCUGCAGGGGAUCCUUAUGGGAAUUGUGGGAAAGACUCCAAAGGUUCCUUUGCCAAAUGUGAUGCGAGGGAUGCAAAGUGUGGUAAAAUUCAGUGCCAGGGAGGAGCCAACCGGCCAGUGAUUGGAACAAACGCUGUUUCUAUUGAAACCAACAUCCCGCUACAAGAAGGAGGGCGUAUUCUGUGUCGGGGAACACAUGUUUACCUGGGUGAUGACAUGCCAGAUCCUGGACUAGUGCUGGCUGGUACAAAGUGUGGAGCCGGCAUGGUGUGUCUGAAUCGGCAGUGCCAGAAUGUCAGUGUCUUUGGUGUGCAUGAGUGCUCUGCGAAGUGCAACGGACGUGGGGUGUGCAACAACAAGAAGAACUGCCACUGUGAAGCACACUGGGCCCCUCCGUUCUGUGAGAAAGCAGGCUUCGGUGGGAGCAUUGACAGUGGACCAAUGAGACUGGCAGUCGACAGUGUGGUCAUUACCGUGGCGAUCCUGGUCACCCUGGUCAGCCUUCUGGUAACCACCGUGAUCAUUUUUCUGAAGAGGAAGACUCUGCUGCGCCUCCUCUUCACCAAUAAGAAGAGCACCUUGGAGAAACUCAGAUCUGUGGAGGCCAACAGGCCAGCCAGCCCCAUCAGGACUCAGUCCAUGUACAGGCCCACACCACAGCGCAAGCCUCCACCCAAACCCUCUGCAGCCAACAUUUAUAAGCCAUCUCUCCUGAGCGCAGAGCCUCUCCUUCCUCCACACAACUUCCACUCUCACAGCCUGCGCAGACUGCCGCUCUACCAGCCCCUGCACAUCAGCCAGCCCAUGCCGGUGUCCCUGAGCGUGGGCCAGCCCACCCUGCCUCCUCUGCCAGCCCACCACAGGCCCCACACGUCCCUCUCUCCACCUCCAGUGGCGCCUUUUCUCAGCCUGCCACGCCAGCAGUCAUCGUACCGAGCGGAGCAGGACUUUGAGAAACCCAGUCCGCCCCAGAAACCCCUGCCCGCGGACCCACUGGGGAGGAGCUCUCGGCUGGGUCACAGCGCCACAGCAGCGGGCGUCCACGCCCCCGGAACUGGACCCCUGCCCAUACCUAUCCCCACUGUGCCCAGGCCUCCGCCCACCAUCCCUUUACCCAGCAGACCUGUGCCAGUGUUGCCCUACAGACCCCCAAAGACUCAUAAGGACUGCUGAGCUCUUGACGUCAUGGACGAGUUGAUCUCUCACCAACAGACGGAGACUUUCUUGAUUUGCACUAAUUACUGAGACUCUGUAAGACCUUUUGGACACUUGAAAGUAUCACAGAGUUUCUAAUGAAAGGGGGCUAACAUCACACCUCGGUGCUACGCCUCUAAAAGGUGCUGCAUUGUCCUCGCUCAGGUACCAAUGAACUAUUUAUCUAUUUAAAUAUUUAACUUCAGUGUUACCAGUUUGUGCACAGAGCAUUUUCCCCAUGGAAAAGAUUAGAAAAGAAGGAAACACGGUGUAAUUUAGAAUAUUUCUUUUGCAUUCUUUGGUGAUUUUUAUACUUUUUUUCUCAAAUGAAAUGCUGAAAUAUAUGAUGUUUUUAUAAGCAGUGAAGUAGCUUGAAUAAUUGAACCGCAAAAAAAAAAAAGUUUGGUUUUGGACGAAAAUGAAGAUAAAGGGAAAUGGAGCACAACUCGGUAAGUUGUCAGUGUAGCUUGUGGGCCAUAGAGCAAUGUUGCUUUUUCAGUUUUCAUAUUUUUAUGAUGUAUUGAAUGCCAAAUGCAUCUUUUCUAUUCAUGUCACCAUGGUGCUACAAAGUAGACAUUAAUCAAAAGUUUUUUUGUUUUUUUUUAAUUAAAUACAUGGACUCAUAUUAAAGCCUUGGAAUACACUACUUUUUAUGGGAUUGCUCUGAUCUGCUCAUUUUACAGUCUCACAGUCAGGCUCUCUUAUUCCCUUAUAAGUUCACUUUCACAGUUAAAUACAAACAGGAAAAGUAGUUUUCACACAUCGCAGACAGGCUCUGACACACUGCCCGGGGCAUGUGUUGGACGCCCAACAUGUUCUCCUGAUACUGGCAGACGCUGCAGAGUCUCAACAGAUUCGACAGACUGAUUGUGUUCCAGGGAAUUACACCAACACCAAAUAAUUCAACAUUAGCUCUGGUGUUUGUAUGUUUAACAUUCGCGUUCACUUUGUCCUUGAGUGUGCGAGCCAAGAGGAAUGACUUCAGCGCUGUGAGCUUUCCAAUCUCCCCCUCGACCGUGUCCAACAAGAUGUUUGACCGUAUCUGUCCUGUCCUUACUUUAUUUGACUUUUUUUUGCCUUCAUAACAUUCCAUUUGGAUUUUGUAUGGUUGUGUUGUUCUUGAACUCUUGAGAUUAUUCACGCCUUCGCAGCAUCGUUUGUUCGCCGUUGCACUUUGAGUUUCCUUGAUGUUGUUUGUUGUUGACUUGGUGUUUUACAAGGAGGGAUUCGAACUCUACAGCGCAGUUCUUUUUCCUGUGUUCUGUGUUGACUUUGGAUGAUGCAUUUUGUAUUUGCAGUGUAUCCAAACGCAGUGGCUUGUCCCCCCCACCACUGAAGAAUGAUUGAAGUCAAUGAAGCCCCGCAUACAUGCUUUGCAUUUGUGUACAGACGUGUGCGAGUAAUGCUUUUUUCGUGUUCUGGAAGUGUUCAGAUGUGCUCGACUGUAUGAGUAACUGCUCCCUGUCGGAAAAUAUUUGUCAGUGCUGUGUGGAUUAGUCGUUAAAUGUUUAUUCCAUUUGUAAAACCUAAAUGUAAUGUGUUUAUUUGCAUAACUGUAACAUGUUUAAAAGCCAUUGUAAAGUGUAAAUAUUGUAUGUCAGUUAUCAUUUCUCUUCCUUUUUCUGUUGUCUUUUUACAAGCACAGUAAUAUAAGAACGGCUUUGAGGCUAUUCCCCAUUUACACUGACUGGUGAAAACAUGAUUUUGAAGAUUUCAACCUGUACGUUGUGGGCCAGAGACAAAUGU